CCUAGCAAGCCCUACAGCCCGGCCAGAACCAAGAUGCAUCAGCAACAGUUGAUCCUCCCUUGGAUAACCCUGAUUUUGCUGGCAACACCCCUCAUGGCUAUCUGGGAACUGGAAAAAGAUGUUUAUGUGGUAGAGCUGGAUUGGCACCCUGAUGCCCCGGGAGAAAUGGUGGUUCUUACCUGCGAUACCGAUGAAGAAGAUGGCAUCACCUGGACCUCAGACCAGGACAGUGAAGUCUUAGGCUCUGGCAAGACCUUGACCAUCCAAGUCAAAGAGUUUGGAGAUGCUGGCCAGUACACCUGUCACAAAGGAGGUGACGUUCUCAGCCGGUCGCUCCUGUUGCUUCACAAAAAAGAAGACGGGGUUUGGUCCUCUGAUAUAUUAAAAGGUCAGAAAGAAUCCCCAAAUAAGACCUUUCUAAAAUGUGAGGCAAACAAUUAUUCCGGACAUUUCACCUGCUGGUGGCUGACAGCAAUCAGUAGAGACUUGAGAUUCAGUGUAAAGAGCAGCAAAGGCUCUACUGACCCCCGAGGGGUGACAUGUGGCCCAGCGACACUCUCAGGCGAGAGGGUCAGAGUAGGCCACAGGGAGUACAACAAGUACACAGUAAUGUGCCAAGAGGGCAGUGCCUGUCCAGCUGCUGAGGAGAGACUGCCCAUAGAAGUCGUGGUGGAUGCUGUCCACAAGCUCAAGUAUGAAAACUACACCAGCAGCUUCUUCAUCAGGGACAUCAUCAAGCCAGACCCACCCAAGAACCUGAAGCUGAAUCCUUUAAAGAACUCGAGGCAUGUGGAGGUCAACUGGGAGUACCCUGACACCUGGAGCACCCCGCAUUCCUACUUCUCCCUGACAUUUUCUGUUCAGGUCCUGGAGAACAAGAAAGAAAAGGAAAAUAUCAUCACGGACACAACCUCCGCCAAGGUCAAGUGCUACAAGGAUGCCAAGGUCCACGUGCAAGCGCGGGACCGCUACUACAGCUCCUCAUGGAGCGAAUGGGCAUCUGUGUCCUGCAGUUAGGUUCUCAUCCAGGAUGAAACCUUGGAGGAAGAGAUGAUGCAAACAUCAGGAAAUAGACCCAAGAAGAUAUUUUCUAACUGAUUUGCUUUAUUAUUUUUUUUAAAAUGAUGCUGUCUUUGCUAUAUUUUUAUAUUUAAAUGUUAAGUGCCCACUGGAACAAUCAACUAAUUUAU